AUGGUUCACUCCUCCUCCUCCUCCUCCCCUCGCCCCACUUGGUAUCAUAUUUCGGCGUGUUCGGACCCUUCUUUCCACAUGGAUAUUGCCUUUGCCCGCCAAAGUUCGAGUUCCUCUGGUCUCAUUAAAGUAGGCUCCCGGAAGAUAAUGGGACAAGGAGGAGGGACGACGAGUCAGGCGGUUGGCUGUUGCAGAGACCGGCUGAAGGUGAGUUGUACGGAAAUAAAGCUGGCCGAGGUAAAGACGGGGUACUAUGCACGUCACGAGGGUCGAGAAGGCCCAGUCAGUUGGCCGGCACCUGUUCGGGGCAGAGUUGCGAAAUGCCCCUCACUCUGCCUUUCUCUUCACAUCUGCCCUUUCCCCACCUCUCCGGCUCAUACAGUCAGGUCCGCAUUCUUGCAGACCAUUCACCCUCCUCUGCUCCACCCUCACCAGCAUUCUCCCCACAGUUGCUUGAAUGGUAAAACGUCUUGCACGAACCAGCCAGAGCUAACUAGCCUCCUUUUUUCUCAAGCUGUCUCUUGGCCUUCUCGACAAGUCCAUCCAGAAUGCCGACUUUUUCCGCUGCCCGGAUUACCGUGA